GUUCGUUAGCGUCUCCCGGAAGUGACGCAAGGAUCCCGCCUUCUUUCCGCGUUUCCGCUGUUUCGGCAGCGCAGUGUGAGUCGCGAGCUCAGCUGGUCCGGCCGCGCCCGCCGCAGCCUCUGAGCGCUGUCGCCAUGUCGCGGUUUUUUACCACCGGUUCGGACAGUGAGUCCGAGUCGUCCCUGUCUGGGGAGGAGCUCGUCACCAAACCCGUUGGGGGUAACUACGGCAAACAGCCAUUGUUGCUGAGUGAGGAUGAAGAAGAUACCAAGAGAGUUGUCCGAAGUGCCAAGGAUAAGAGGUUUGAGGAGCUGACCAACCUUAUCCGGACCAUUCGUAAUGCCAUGAAGAUUCGGGAUGUCACCAAGUGCCUAGAAGAGUUUGAGCUCCUGGGAAAAGCGUAUGGGAAGGCUAAGAGCAUUGUGGACAAGGAAGGUGUCCCCCGGUUCUAUAUCCGAAUCCUGGCUGACCUGGAGGACUAUCUUAAUGAGCUAUGGGAAGAUAAGGAAGGGAAGAAGAAGAUGAACAAGAACAAUGCCAAGGCCCUGAGCACCCUGCGCCAGAAGAUCCGAAAAUACAACCGAGAUUUUGAGUCCCAUAUUACGAAUUACAAGCAGAACCCUGAGCAGUCUGCAGAUGAAGAUGCUGAGAAGAAUGAGGAGGAUUCAGAAGGCUCUUCAGAUGAGGAUGAGGAUGAUGAGGGAGUCAGUGCUGCAGCUUUCCUAAAGAAGAAAUCAGAAGCUCCUUCUGGAGAGAGUCGCAAGUUCCUCAAAAAGAUGGAAGAUGAAGAUGAGGACUCAGAAGACUCAGAAGAUGAUGAAGAUUGGGACACAGGUUCCACAUCUUCUGAUUCAGACUCAGAGGAGGAGGAAGGGAAACAGACUGUGCUGGCCUCAAGAUUCCUUAAAAAGGCCCCCACCACCGAGGAGGACAAGAAGGCAGCUGAGAAGAAACGGGAGGACAAAGCCAAGAAGAAGCACGAUAGGAAAUCUAAGCGCCUGGAUGAGGAGGAGGAGGACAAUGAAGGCGGGGAGUGGGAACGAGUCCGGGGUGGAGUGCCCCUGGUUAAGGAGAAACCAAAAAUGUUUGCCAAGGGAACUGAGAUCACCCAUGCUGUUGUCAUCAAGAAACUGAAUGAGAUCCUACAGGCACGAGGCAAGAAGGGAACUGAUCGUGCAGCCCAGAUUGAGCUGCUACAGCUGCUUGUCCAGAUUGCUUCUGAAAACAACCUGGGGGAGGGUGUCAUCGUCAAGAUCAAGUUCAGUAUCAUCGCCUCUCUCUAUGACUAUAAUCCCAACCUGGCCACAUACAUGAAGCCCGAGAUGUGGCAGAAGUGCCUGGACUGCAUCAAUGAGCUGAUGGACAUACUGUUUGCAAACCCCAACAUCUUUGUUGGAGAGAACAUUCUGGAGGAGGGUGAGAACCUGCAUAAUGCUGACCAGCCUCUGCGUGUCCGUGGCUGUAUCCUAACUCUAGUGGAACGAAUGGAUGAAGAAUUUACCAAAAUAAUGCAAAAUACUGACCCUCACUCCCAAGAGUAUGUCGAGCACCUGAAGGACGAGGCGCAGGUGUGCGCCAUCAUUGAGCGUGUGCAGCGCUACCUGGAGGAGAAGGGCACCACUGAAGAGAUCUGUCGCAUCUACUUGAGGCGCAUCCUCCACACCUAUUACAAGUUUGAUUACAAGGCCCAUCAGCGGCAGCUUACCCCCCCUGAGGGCUCCUCGAAGUCUGAGCAAGACCAGGCGGAAAAUGAGGGGGAGGACUCAGCUGUGCUUAUGGAGAGACUGUGCAAGUACAUCUAUGCCAAGGACCGUACAGACCGAAUCCGCACGUGUGCUAUCCUCUGCCACAUCUACCAUCACGCUCUGCACUCGCGCUGGUACCAGGCCCGUGACCUCAUGCUCAUGAGCCACCUACAGGACAACAUUCAGCACGCGGACCCGCCAGUACAGAUCCUGUACAACCGCACCAUGGUGCAGCUGGGCAUCUGUGCCUUCCGCCAGGGCCUGACCAAAGAUGCUCACAACGCCCUGCUGGACAUCCAAUCAAGCGGCCGGGCCAAGGAGCUUCUGGGCCAGGGUCUGCUGCUGCGUAGCCUGCAGGAGCGCAACCAGGAGCAGGAGAAGGUGGAGCGGCGUCGGCAGGUGCCCUUCCACCUGCACAUAAACCUGGAGCUGCUAGAGUGUGUUUACCUGGUGUCAGCCAUGCUCCUAGAGAUCCCCUACAUGGCCGCCCACGAGAGCGAUGCCCGCCGACGCAUGAUCAGCAAGCAGUUCCAUCACCAGUUGCGGGUGGGCGAGCGACAGCCCUUGCUGGGUCCCCCUGAGUCCAUGAGGGAACAUGUGGUUGCUGCCUCCAAGGCCAUGAAGAUGGGCGACUGGAAGACCUGCCACAGUUUUAUCAUCAACGAGAAGAUGAAUGGCAAAGUGUGGGACCUUUUCCCAGAGGCCGACAAAGUCCGAACCAUGCUGGUUAGGAAGAUCCAGGAAGAGUCACUGCGGACCUACCUCUUCACCUACAGCAGUGUCUAUGACUCCAUCAGCAUGGAGACCCUGUCUGACAUGUUUGAACUGGACCUGCCCACUGUGCACUCCAUCAUCAGCAAGAUGAUCAUUAACGAGGAGUUGAUGGCCUCCCUAGACCAGCCAACACAGACAGUGGUGAUGCACCGCACUGAGCCCACUGCCCAGCAGAACCUGGCUCUGCAGCUGGCUGAGAAGCUGGGCAGCCUGGUAGAAAAUAAUGAGCGGGUGUUUGACCACAAGCAGGGCACCUACGGUGGCUACUUCCGAGACCAGAAGGAUGGCUACCGCAAAAACGAGGGCUACAUGCGCCGCGGUGGCUACCGCCAACAGCAGUCUCAGACGGCCUACUGAUUGCUUCACUUCUGUCCCCAGUGCCCUAGACCAUUCAACCUUUAGGUCCUAAGCCAGAUCCUAGACAUUAAAGGUAUAUUUAGAGUUGUUACAGUUCCUGCUGUGUUAGACACAUUUAUUUGUUAAUUAUAUUUCUAAGCUUUCUACUGUAUGACAGACACAAGGCUCAAGAUGCAGAGAUGACUUGUACAUUUUCUUGACUUCCGAGAGCUUGCUGCUCUUUGACAGUUGACCAGAAUUGUGAUAACAUGAUGAGUUGUAACAGGUGUGGGGUUUUUUGUUUUGUUUUUGUUUUAAAGUGGUGGAUAUACUGAACGGGAUGUGACUAUGCGUCAUAAAUGGCAGGGAAAGCACAAUGGAGGCAGUAAUGAUGGAUGUUGCAAGUGAAUGGGUGGUGGUUCACCAAGCAGGGAAAAGGGAGAGUUAGUCUAGACCUAUGUGAAAUAUAGUCCUUGGACGAGUGUGGAUCCACAGUUAACCUGUUCAUGACAAAACAGGCACUAUAAUUAAGAGUAAGCACUGAAAAGCUUUGCCAUUGCUGUGAUAUCUAAGCGUGUGAUCAUUUUUCUAAUUUGUGUGUAUUGUGUUUUCAAAAGUAUUGAUCCACAGUAGAUUGGAAUUUUUUUUAAUGAUCCUUUACCACAUUUGAAAAGCAUUGAUGUAGGCAAAGGAAAAGGAGCACGUGCAAAGGAUGAGAGGAGAAAAGACAGGUUGGCUUGAUAUAAAGUAUGGAGUAUGUGCAGAAGCUAAACUAGAGACUUAAUCUGGGGCCAUCCCACGAAGACUAAAUGCUUUGGACUUGUGGAAACAAAAUACAUGAAUGGAUCGAGUUUUAAGAAGGGUAACAGCAGCAUUGUAGAGUAUGGAAUUGGAGGCAGAGAGCUAACCAGAAAGUAAAAAACAUCCAAAGCCAGGGUGGUUAGGAUCAGAGGUGAGGGAGUGAUAGAGGAGGGAUGUAUGUAACAAGCUGUGGAGUUUCUGUGAUGGAUUGAAUCUGGGAGUGUAGGAGUGACAAAUUCUCCUGUCUGGGCAUAAAUACACGGUAGGGCUGUUCUCAAAAGACAGUUGGAAUAGUCUGUGUUCAGGAAUACAAGAACAGCAGGUGUGUGCUGUGGCUUGAUAAUGAGGCUGGUUUUGUAAGUGUUGAGUUGAGCUGCUUUGGGACAUAAGCAAGGCAGUUGGAGAUGAAGGGUUUGGGAUGCAUAUUAAUUACAGGAUAGGCUAAGCUGCUUUAACAAAGGGACUGCAAAACAAUGAUUCAAGCAAAAUAGUGUACUUCUCGUGUGACAGUCCGGAAGUAGGUGAGUGGUCCUGGCUUGGGGUUAAGCAACUGGACUGCAAGAUCAUCUGGGGACUCAGGGUCCCACUGUCUUACUGCUCCGCCAUUCCCUGGGUGGUUGUUCUCAUCUAUAAGGUUUAAAGCCGGCUUACCAGUCUCACAUCCUUUUUCAAGCCCAUAGAAAGGGGAAGAGGACAUAGAGGGCCUGGAAAUGACACUGAUCCCAUGGGCUAGAUCAAAUUCUUACCAUCCUGUGGGGAAGGUUAAAAGCCUCUCUGUCUGGAUAGUUGUGUGUUCAUUUAAAUUUAGGGAGUUGUACUACUAAAAGAGAAGGAGAGUGGACCCUGGGAACAGUUAUAGUGUGUCAGAGAAGGGGAAGAACAAAAGAUUUGGAUUAAGUGGCUUAUAAAUGGUUGUCAAAAGUAUGGUUGAUGGGUAACAUUUAUCAGAGCCAUCAUUACUGGGUGCUUUACAUGCCUUACUUCAUUUUAUCCUUCUAGAAGAUUACUAUUAUCAUUUCCAUUUUUAUAGUUGGGAAACUGACAUUAAGUGAUUUGCUUAAGAUCACGUAACUAGGAGUGAGGUGGAUAGAUGCACAGCAGGGCAGCCUGACUAUGAUCCUAGCUCUUAACCAUUGUAUUUAGUGCUAAUUAUAUUUCUGGAAUGGAGGCAUAGGGGAGGAGAGGGCUGAUGGUAGAACGCACAACAUGUGAGUGGUAGGAGAAAGGGAAGCGAGAGAGGAGUGGCCACAGAGGUAGUAGAACCAGGGAGGAGAGGUGAUGGAAAAGCUGAAGAGUUCAUGCAUCUCUAGACUGGCUGCCUUGUACUGAAUUUGGCCUGUUUAGCAUUCUUUGGUGGAAGGCAGAGCCAUUGUGUUGCCCAGUUCCAAGGGUUACGUUUCCCUUUUCUAGUCUAGAGGCAGUAACCAUCAGUGUUGUCAAAGCUGUUUCUGUCCAGGGCUAGCUAGUAAAUAUUUUAAACUCUG